AUGAUUCAGUCUGCCCCGACGUCCAAGGCAGCGGCCGUCAGGGAUCAUGAAUAUUAUCUGAGUGACGGUAGCUGCGUGUUGCUGGUAGAGAACGUGCUAUUCAAUGUCCACCGAUCGACGCUUUCCAGAGAUUCGUCAUCGUUUGGAACCAUGUUCUCGUUACCUCAGGGAGAAGCAGUUGUCGAAGGAACUUCGGACGAUCACCCGAUUGUUCUUCACGGUGACAAGCUGGAAGAGUUCAGAGACCUGCUCUGGGCGCUUUAUGCUCUACCACACGAACUCAUGCUUGUCCACACCUCCCCUACCAACCUCCCCCGGCUGAUCAACAUCGCCCGCCUCUCCAACAAAUACUCCUUCAAAUCCCUUGAAACCUGGUCUCUCGACGUGAUCGUCGAAAACGUAACCCGCAAACCCUCCACGAUCCCCCCUCAGUCAACACAUCCUCUCACCAUCAACCCUCUCUUUGCCUCUUCCUCUUCCCCCUUCUCCACCACCUCCCCAUCCACUCCCUCCCCCACCACCACCCAUUCCGGGACCUCGCCACACGGGAGUCGGAACCCGAUCGCGCACCUGACAGAGAACACCGACCAGAUCGUCGCGUUGGUCAGACUGGCUCAAUUAUGCGGGCACGAGAAGUUAUUAAACACGAUGGUCGACAACCUCAAGAAACUCGUCACUUCCUCGCUCGAGAGCGCUUACAUCGCCAUGACGCUCGCCGAAGAACUCGAUCUGCGCCAACUCCGCGGUCUGGCGUACUACGAGCUCAUGGACAAACCCAUCGCUGUCCUGCGUCCGGGUGCCUCGCACGGUGCGGCGAGACUGGGCCACUUGGACUCCAAAGGCCGUCUCGUCAUCACCCCCGCGCAACACCUAACGCUCCUAACAGGGUUCCACGCGCUCUCCACGCACUGGCACUCCCACCUCCGCCUCAAUCCUCCCACCAUCAUGCACUCGCCCACCUGCGGAUCCACGUGGCACCAGCACUCCUGCUCAUCCUCUUGGUCCGAUUUCUGGAAAGAGAAGGUGAAGUGCGAGAGUGUGUGUGAAAAGGGGUUGGCGGAUGUGAAGGGGCGGUUGAGGGCGAUGGGGAGGGAGUUUGAGAGGUGGGGCGUGGCUGGGUUCAUGCAUGCGGAGUGUAGGGAGGCGGCGAAGGGGAUUGUGAGGAGCUUGGUGGGGGAGAUGGAGGAUGAGGCGGGGCUGGUUAGGUUUUUUGAGGGGGCGGUAGAGGCGAAGGACGGGGGUGAGGCGUGA